GAGAGAGAGACACACGGAGCUCAGCGCAGGGGGGAGCUGUCCGAAAAACACACCAACAACACCCCGAAUAAGAAAACCUGCCCGGGUUGGUGGCCUCUUUGUCAUAGACGGGUGGUUUGAUUUGUUUCGGACCUGAGAUUCGCGUAAAUGGUAAGAACAAAGGAAUAAGGUCCGAGGGAAGUGUAUUUUUUCUGGCUAAAGUCACCUCGCCAAAUGAACUCCGUCAGAGCGAGCAGCAGGAGACCCAGGCGAGUGUCGAGGCCGCGCCCGGUGCAGCCGGAAAGAAACAACGCAGAAAGAGGUACCAAAUGUGCUGUAGAGAAGGACAGACUGUAAGCCUCUCAGGUACACCAGGUAUUGACAGAUGAGGACAUCCCUGCAGAUAUGGUUGCAGAAGAAUCCGGUCCAGGAGCUCAAAACAGUCCAUACCAACUCCGCAGAAAGUCCCUGUUGCCUAAAAGAACCGUGUGCCCCACAAAAAGCAGUAUGGAGGGAGCCUCCACUUCAGCCACAGAAAAUUUUGGUCACAGAGCUAAACGUGCAAGAGUGUCCGGAAAAUCCCAUGACCUGCCAGCCGCCCCCGCAGAGCAGUAUCUCCAAGAGAAGCUUCCGGAUGAAGUCGUCCUAAAGAUCUUCUCCUACCUGCUGGAGCAGGAUCUGUGCCAGGCCGCCUGCGUAUGCAAGCGAUUCAGUGAGCUUGCAAAUGACCCCAUUCUCUGGAAGAGGUUGUACAUGGAGGUGUUUGAGUACACGCGACCCAUGAUGCACCCAGAGCCGGGGAAGUUCUACCAGAUCAACCCAGAAGAGUAUGAGCAGCCCAAUCCAUGGAAGGAAAGUUUUCAGCAGUUGUAUAAAGGAGCACAUGUAAAACCUGGUUUUGCUGAGCACUUUUAUAGCAAUCCCGCCAGAUAUAAAGGCAGAGAGAAUAUGUUGUAUUACGACACCAUUGAAGAUGCACUGGGAGGGGUGCAGGAAGCCCAUUUCGACGGCCUGAUAUUUGUCCAUUCUGGCAUUUACACAGAUGAAUGGAUCUACAUUGAGUCCCCCAUCACAAUGAUUGGCGCAGCCUCAGGGAAGGUAGCUGACAAGGUUGUCAUUGAAAACACUAGAGAUUCAACGUUUGUCUUUAUGGAGGGAUCUGAAGACGCUUAUGUGGGCUACAUGACCAUCAGGUUCAACCCUGAUGAUAAAUCAGCCCAGCAUCAUAAUGCUCAUCACUGUUUGGAGAUCACCGUUAACUGCAGCCCAAACAUCGACCACUGUGUUAUCCGCAGCACCUGCACAGUGGGAUCAGCGGUAUGUGUAAGCGGUCAGGGUGCUGGUCCUACCAUAAAACAUUGCAACAUCAGCGAUUGUGAAAACGUUGGGCUGUACAUCACUGAUCACGCACAGGGUAUUUAUGAAGACAAUGAAAUCUCAAACAAUGCGCUUGCGGGUAUCUGGGUAAAAAACCACGGCAAUCCUAUAAUCAGACGUAAUCAUAUCCACCACGGCAGAGACGUAGGAGUGUUUACCUUCGACCAUGGCAUGGGCUACUUUGAGAGCUGUAAUAUCCACAGGAACAGGAUCGCAGGGUUUGAGGUGAAAGCAUAUGCUAACCCCACUGUGGUACGCUGUGAGAUCCACCAUGGCCAAACGGGGGGCAUCUACGUACAUGAGAAGGGCCGAGGGCAGUUUUUAGAAAAUAAAAUCUAUGCCAAUAAUUUCGCCGGGGUAUGGAUCACCUCCAACAGUGAUCCGACUAUAAGGGGAAAUGCCAUUUUCAAUGGAAACCAAGGGGGAGUUUACAUAUUUGGUGAUGGUAGAGGCCUAAUUGAGGGAAAUGAUAUUUAUGGAAAUGCCCUGGCUGGAAUUCAGAUCAGAACGAACAGCUGUCCUAUCGUGAGACACAACAAGAUUCAUGAUGGCCAGCAUGGAGGGAUCUAUGUGCAUGAAAAGGGCCAGGGUGUAAUAGAGGAGAAUGAGGUGUACAGCAACACUCUGGCAGGCGUGUGGGUCACAACAGGAAGCACACCAGUGCUCAGGAGGAACAGGAUACACAGCGGCAAACAGGUUGGGGUGUAUUUCUAUGACAAUGGACACGGAGUACUGGAGGAUAAUGAUAUCUACAAUCACAUGUACUCUGGAGUCCAGAUCAGAACUGGAAGCAAUCCAAAAAUCCGAAGAAAUAAAAUAUGGGGCGGGCAAAAUGGAGGCAUCCUUGUUUACAACUCUGGGCUGGGCUUCAUCGAGGACAAUGAGAUCUUUGAUAAUGCCAUGGCAGGGGUGUGGAUUAAGACGGACAGCAACCCCACGCUGCGCAGAAAUAAGAUUCAUGAUGGUCGGGAUGGGGGCAUUUGCAUAUUCAACGGUGGGAGGGGGUUGUUGGAAGAGAACGACAUCUUCAGAAAUGCACAAGCUGGUGUUCUCAUCAGCACAAACAGCCACCCGGUGCUGCGAAAGAACCGGAUAUUUGAUGGUUUUGCUGCAGGCAUUGAAAUUACGAAUCAUGCCACUGCAACCCUGGAAGGCAAUCAAAUAUUCAACAAUAGAUUUGGAGGCUUAUUUCUAGCCUCUGGUGUCAAUGUUACAAUGAAAGAUAAUAAAAUCAUGAACAAUCAAGAUGCCAUAGAAAAGGCUGUAAGCAGAGGUCAGUGCCUGUACAAGAUUUCCAGUUACACCAGCUACCCCAUGCACGAUUUCUACAGGUGUCAUACCUGUAACACAACAGACCGGAAUGCAAUUUGUGUGAAUUGUAUUAAGAAGUGCCACCAAGGGCAUGAUGUGGAGUUUAUACGACAUGAUAGGUUUUUUUGUGACUGCGGCGCAGGUACAUUGUCCAAUCCUUGCACAUUGGCUGGAGAGCCAACCCAUGACACGGACACUCUUUAUGACUCUGCACCUCCCAUAGAAUCCAACACGUUACAGCACAACUGAGAUUAAGCUCAUCCGUCAUCACAGCACCCUGGUCUUCAUUUUACCUGCCUACAGAUCCAGAGCGCCUGCCAUUUCUGGGCCAGAGAUACCUUUUGUGCACAGUGUGUGUGGAUAACAAAAUGUCAGACUUUGAAUUAAUACAUUUAAGAGAACUACAACAGUGAAACUCAGAACUCCGUGUAAAGCUGCCUCAGUACUGGACGCAGACUCCUGUAUAUUGCUAACCGGAAAGGUAUCUUGGAUGCAAGGAGUUCUACUUGGAAUACUCUCAACGUACAGCGAAAUAAUGGUUGGGAGAACAACAGAAAAUUUGGAAGAGGAAAAUAUUGUGAAGCAAUAUGUUGACUCAGGAUUAAGGAGAUUAUGGAGGUGGUACCACAGUUGUAUUGAGUUUGGGAAGGGAAUAAACUUUCUUCGUUCCUUCCGACCGCAUAGUCUUACGGUGUGCACGCACGCGCGUGCCCUGUGCGACUUCAGCGUGGAGAUUGAAGACGAGUUGUGCUGCCGAAUAUGUACAGACCUAACCGCGGCCGGAGCCACUAGAAGCUAUAGAUAACCGUUUCUCGGAUUAGAGGCAGAGCCAUACCACUAUGGCUUCCUCCACGACUGUUUUUUGACAGCCGAUGUGCUGUAAUAUAUGUAUGAUAUAAAAAAUUAACAAAAAACAAUGUGAUUAGCACUUGCUUUUUUAAAAUGUUAAUAUGUUAUUCUGAUCUACAAAUAUGAUUUUAAUGCUUUCUCAUGUAGUUUUGUAUUUUCAGGCAAAAAACAUUUACUGUAUUUGAAUGUCUUUUAUUUUAUUAUAUAUUAUUAUUAUUGUUGUUAUUAAUAUUUUUGUUAGCACAUAUUAGGCUUGCUGUAAUUAUACUCAUGUCUCAGCAUAUAAGUUCUUUCUGUGAAAGAGGAAUAACAAAGAUCAGAAAACACUACAUUGUCCUCCAGCAUUUUUUUUUCUUUUUAUGAGGUGACGUUUUUGAAGUUAACUUCUUUUAAGUGACCGAUUGAUGUGUGGAACUUACGGUAUUCAGUUAUGGUUGUGCAGGUUACAUGGUGUGUUGCUGCCAUUAUAAGAACGGUUAUUUUGUUUGCCUGUUGUAAUUCCCUUUCUAAAUGUUUGGAGUUUUAAUCUCAAAGCCUUUUAAAGUGUUAACCAAGGGCCCAACGAACUCUGAAACAUUGCUCAACUUCAUACAGAAUGUAAAAAUGAUCCCAGAGCAUUUUUAUUACAUUAAUAUUUGUCCAUAACUGAUUAAAAAAUGCAACCAAAAUAUAUUUUUAGCAUUUUUAUUUAUUUUUUUGCAUUACUUGUGCCUGUUUCAAAUAUGCUAAAAAGCCUUGCUGGAGUUGGUUAUAUUGGGGGCCUCUGGUCCCUUUCAAAGCUGAGACAAGUAUCUCUACAGCCCCAUUGUCUUUUUUUGCCCCUCAAACUCCAUCUAUGUGUAAUGUGGUGACUGUGGCUUCUCAUGCAGCCUGAAUUUUAUGCAUGUGUACCAUAACAUCUAGACUUAAUAUAUUGUGAAGUCUUCAAUAACCAUUAUGUAGAUGCUAGUAUGAAUUUAAAAAGGGUUUAAUUUCCUAGAAAAGAACAGAAACUGGUCAUUUUUAAGAAAAUAAACUUUAUUAGAUCAAA